CUUCUGUCGCUCUGGGAAGAAAAAAAAACACCUGGGACUCGUUGUCGCAAUCGUCUCAACCUACACCAACCCCACCCAAAGAUAUCUUCUUUCCCAGUCAACGAAGAUGUCCAAGUCCACAGCCAUUGUCAAGGCGUCUGACGCCGUCGCCUCUCCCGUUGACCCCAACCAGAUCACCAAGGCUUCCAAGGCCCUUCUCGCCCACAUCAAGAAGGCUACCGCCGCCUCUACUGCCGUUUCCAAGAACCUUCUCGCCGAUGAGGAGUCGACUGUUGCCGAGACCCCGAUCUGGCUUACCCUCACCACCAAGAAGCACAUCGCCGACACCAACCGUCUGCAACCCUCCAAGAUCGUCCUCCCCAACCCCCUGAACGCCGAUAACGAGUCUACCAUCUGCAUCAUCGUCGCCGACCCUCAGCGCCACUACAAGAACGUUGUCGCUUCUGAAGAGUUCCCCGAGGACCUGCGCAACCGCAUCACCCGCGUCAUCGACGUUACUCACCUCAAGGCCAAGUUCAAGACAUACGAGGCCCAGCGCCAGCUGUUCAACGACCAUGACAUCUUCCUUGCCGACGACAGAAUUGUCAACCGUCUUCCCAAGCACCUGGGCAAAACCUUCUUCAAGAGCACCGCCAAGCGCCCCGUUCCUGUUGUGUUUAUGAAGCAGAGGGAGAAGGUUGACGGCAAGCGGGUGGCCAAGCCCAAGGGUCCCAAGUCCAAGCGCGACCCCGUGGAGAAUGUCAAUGCUAGACCUACACCAGAGAUUGUGACCGAGAUCCGCAAGGCCAUUGGCUCGGCGCUCGUUUCGCUGAGCCCCUCCACCAACACCGCCAUCAAGGUCGGCUACGCCAGCUGGGACGCCGAGAAGCUCGCGGCGAACGUCGAGAAGGUCAUCAACGAGCUUGUCGAGCGCUUCGUGCCCCACAAGUGGAGCAACGUCAGGAGUUUCUACCUCAAGGGCCCCGAGACAGCGGCCCUUCCCAUCUACCAGACCGACGAGCUCUGGCUCGACGACAGCAAGGUCAUCGCCGACGGCGCCGAGCCCGAGAAGGCCAACAUUGGCAAGAAGCGCAAGGCCGCCGACGACGAGACUGAGGCUAAGGCCGAGGAGGGUGCUAAGGACGAGAGCAGGCCGAAGAAGAAGGCCAAGAAGGCUGCUGCUGCCGCCGCUUUGCCUGAGAGCAAUGACGACAAGCUCGACAAGGAGAUUGCCACGCGGAAAGCGACAUUGAGGAAGCAGAAGGCUGCGGCGAAGAAGGCUGUUGAGGUUUAAUAUCUUUUAUUUUCUCUAAACUCUGAUCUGAAGGGACUGACUUGGACUGGACUGGACUGGUUGGACUGGGUUUGAUUGGUUGAAAGCGACAGGCAAGAGGAGAAGAAUCAAUUGUUGCUUGGCAUUUGCUUGGCGUUUUGGCGUCCAUGGUAAAACACAAAACACACGUUCGGGUUUCGUUGGAGUUGUUGUUGUUGUACAAAGACAAAGACACACACACACUGUGGAAAGCUGGAAGUUAGGACAGGAGGUAUUAUCUACUAGUUCUAUGUACUAGAAGGUUGUUGACGAAGAGAAGAUAUCCUCAUUGUAUUCAUGUUUGAGCGGAUUAGAUGUGGAAGUUGGCGUAGAUGAAGAAGACAUUUCGAUGGCGAUGCUCAUGGC